CGCCCCUAUCGCGAUAUGGCUCGCGAGAAGGAGAAGCGGAGCUGCGGGCAGGUAUGGGCUCAAUGGAAGGCGUUCAUCUGGGACCCCCGUACCCGGCAGCUCCUCGGCAGGACUGGGAGCAGUUGGGGCCUGAUCCUGCUCUUCUACCUGGUGUUCUAUGGGUUCCUGGCCGGGCUCUUCGCCCUCACCAUGUGGGUGAUGCUCCAGAGCGUGGAUCCCCACGUGCCCAAGUACCAGGACCGGCUCCUCACCCCCGGUGAGCACAAGGAGGGGCUUGGAAUGGGGUUGGGGUCCCUUGUCAGUGGGUGCUUGG